AUGACCAAGGGUACGACCUCGUUUGGUAAGCGCCACACCAAGACGCACACCGUUUGCCGUCGCUGCAACAACCGUUCGUUCCACCGUCAGAAGAAGACUUGCGCUUCGUGCGGUUACCCCAGCGCCAAGACCCGCAACUACCAGUGGGGCCAGAAGGCCAUCCGCCGGAAGACCACCGGCUCGGGCCGCAUGCGCUACCUGAAGACUGUGCCGCGCCGCGCGAAGAACGGCUUCCGCACCGGCACUGCCUCUAAGUCGGUGGCGGCGUAA